GUGUCCGAAAAAAUUUCCAAACUUGGAAAGGAAGGGGGAGGGAGGGUGGAUGGGGAGGGCGGAGGUAUGCAGACAGAGAGUCAGAGUUUCCCUUGAAAGCCUCAAAAGUGUCCACGUCCUCAAAAAGAAUGGAACCAAUUUUAGAAGACAGCCCCUUGACCACGUCCCUCUCCCCACCCCCUUCGCUCCCUCCUUUGCGCCCCCGCAGUCUCCUCCCAGAUGUGGCUACCCCGGGCCCCCAGCCCCAGCCCUCUCAUUGGUGGAUGCGCUUUUAGAAGCACCCUCGGGCCAGAGAAACUUUUGCCGUAUAAAUAGGGCAGAUCCGGGCUCUAUUAUUUUAGCGGCAGGAGGUUUCGGCUAAGUUGGAGGUACUGGCCACGACUGCAUGCCUGCGCCCGCCAGGUGAUACCUCCACCGGUGACCCAGGGGCUCUGCGACACAAGGAGUCUGCAUGUCUAAGUGGUAGACAUGCUCAGCUUUGUGGAUACGCGGACUUUGUUGCUGCUUGCAGUAACUUCGUGCCUAGCAACAUGCCAAUCUUUACAAGAGGCAACUGCAAGAAAGGGCCCAACCGGAGAUAGAGGACCACGUGGAGACAAGGGUCCAGUAGGCCCACCAGGCAAAGAUGGUGAUGAUGGAAUCCCAGGCCCCCCUGGCCCACCUGGUCCUCCUGGACCCCCUGGUCUUGGCGGGAACUUUGCUGCUCAGUAUGACGGAAAAGGUGUUGGACUUGGCCCUGGACCAAUGGGUUUGAUGGGACCUAGAGGCCCUCCAGGUGCAGUUGGACCCCCUGGUCCUCCAGGUUUCAGUGGAGCUGUUGGUGAGCCUGGUGAACCUGGUCAGACUGGUCCUGCAGGUUCUCGUGGUCCAGCUGGCCCUCCUGGCAAGGCUGGUGAGGAUGGUCACCCUGGAAAACCUGGACGACCUGGUGAGAGAGGAGUGGUUGGACCACAGGGUGCUCGUGGUUUCCCUGGAACCCCUGGACUGCCUGGCUUCAAGGGCAUUCGAGGACACAAUGGUCUGGAUGGACUGAAGGGACAGCCUGGUGCUCCAGGUAUCAAGGGUGAGCCUGGUGCUCCUGGUGAAAAUGGAACUCCAGGUCAAACAGGAGCCCGUGGGCUUCCUGGUGAGAGAGGACGUGUCGGUGGUUCUGGUCCAGCUGGUGCCCGUGGAAGUGAUGGAAGUGUGGGUCCUGUGGGUCCUGCUGGUCCCAUUGGCUCUGCUGGCCCUCCAGGCUUCCCUGGUGCUCCUGGUCCCAAGGGUGAACUUGGACCUGUUGGUAACCCUGGUCCUUCUGGUCCUGCGGGCCCUCGUGGUGAAGUUGGUCUUCCAGGUGUUUCUGGUCCCGUUGGACCUCCUGGUAACCCUGGAGCCAAUGGUCUUGCUGGUGCUAAAGGUGCCGCUGGCCUGCCUGGUGUUGCUGGGGCACCUGGUCUCCCUGGACCCCGUGGGAUUCCUGGCCCUGUUGGUGCGGCUGGUGCCGCUGGUGCCAGAGGACUUGUUGGUGAGCCUGGUCCAGCUGGUUCCAAAGGAGAGAGCGGCAACAAGGGUGAACCUGGUUCUGCUGGUCCCCAAGGUCCUCCUGGGCCCAGUGGUGAAGAAGGAAAGAGAGGUUCCAAUGGUGAAGCGGGAUCCGCUGGCCCUGCAGGACCUCCUGGACUGAGGGGCAGUCCUGGUUCUCGUGGUCUCCCAGGAGCUGAUGGGAGAGCUGGUGUCAUGGGCCCUCCUGGUAACCGUGGUGCAAGUGGCCCUGCUGGUGUCCGAGGCCCCAGUGGAGAUUCUGGUCGCCCUGGGGAGCCUGGUCUCAUGGGACCCCGAGGUCUUCCUGGUUCCCCUGGAAAUACUGGCCCAGCUGGUAAAGAAGGUCUUGGAGGUCUCCCUGGUAUUGAUGGCAGGCCUGGCCCAACUGGUCCCGCUGGAGCAAGAGGAGAGCCUGGUAACAUUGGAUUCCCCGGACCCAAAGGCCCCACUGGUGAUCCUGGAAAAAGUGGUGAAAAAGGUCAUGCUGGUCUUGCUGGCCCUCGGGGUGCUCCAGGUCCUGAUGGAAACAAUGGUGCUCAGGGACCUCCUGGACAACAAGGUGUCCAAGGUGGAAAGGGUGAACAGGGUCCUGCUGGACCUCCUGGUUUCCAGGGUCUGCCUGGCCCAGCAGGAACAACUGGUGAAGUUGGCAAACCAGGAGAAAGAGGUCUGCAUGGUGAAUUUGGUCUCCCUGGUCCUGCUGGUCCAAGAGGAGAGCGUGGUCCUCCAGGCCAGAGUGGUGCUGCUGGUCCUACGGGUCCUAUUGGAAGCCGUGGUCCUUCUGGACCCCCAGGGCCCGAUGGAAACAAGGGUGAAGCUGGUGUAGUUGGUGCUCCAGGCACCGCUGGUGCAUCUGGACCUGGUGGACUCCCAGGAGAGAGGGGUGCUGCUGGCGUUCCUGGAGGAAAGGGAGAAAAGGGUGAAACUGGCCUCAGAGGUGAGAUUGGUAACACUGGGAGAGAUGGUGCUCGUGGUGCUCCUGGUGCUGUAGGUGCCCCGGGUCCUGCUGGAGCCACUGGUGACCGGGGUGAGGCUGGUGCUGCUGGUCCUGCUGGUCCUGCUGGCCCUCGUGGUAGCCCUGGUGAACGUGGUGAGGUUGGUCCUGCUGGCCCUAAUGGAUUUGCUGGUCCUGCUGGUGCUGCUGGUCAACCUGGUGCUAAAGGAGAGAGAGGAACCAAAGGUCCUAAGGGAGAAAAUGGUCCUGUUGGCCCCACUGGCCCCAUUGGAUCUGCUGGUCCAUCUGGUCCAAAUGGCCCCCCUGGUCCUGCUGGAAGUCGUGGUGAUGGUGGCCCCCCUGGUGUAACUGGUUUCCCUGGUGCAGCUGGACGGACGGGGCCUCCUGGACCUUCUGGUAUUACUGGCCCUCCUGGUCCCCCUGGUGCUGCUGGUAAAGAAGGUCUUCGUGGUCCUCGUGGUGACCAAGGUCCAGUUGGCCGAACUGGAGAAACAGGUGCAUCUGGUCCCCCUGGCUUUACUGGUGAGAAGGGUCCCUCUGGAGAGCCUGGUACUGCUGGUCCUCCUGGCAACCCAGGUCCUCAGGGUAUUCUCGGUGCUCCUGGUAUUCUGGGUCUCCCAGGCUCCAGAGGUGAACGUGGUCUGCCAGGUGUUGCAGGAUCACUGGGUGAACCUGGUCCUCUGGGCAUCGCAGGUCCCCCUGGUGCUCGUGGUCCCCCUGGUGCUGUGGGGAACCCUGGUGUCAAUGGUGCCCCCGGGGAAGCUGGUCGUGAUGGCAACCCUGGAAGUGAUGGUCCCCCAGGUCGUGAUGGUCUCCCUGGACACAAGGGAGAACGUGGUUACCCUGGCAACGCUGGUCCCGUAGGUGCUUUGGGUGCACCUGGUCCUCAUGGCUCCGUGGGUCCCUCUGGCAAGCAUGGAAACCGUGGUGAACCUGGUCCUGCUGGUUCUGUUGGUCCAGUUGGUGCUGUUGGUCCAAGAGGACCUAGUGGCUCACAAGGUCCUCGUGGUGAUAAGGGAGAACCUGGUGAAAAGGGGCCCAGAGGUCUUAGUGGCUUUAAGGGACACAAUGGAUUGCAGGGUCUUCCUGGUAAUGCGGGUCAACAUGGCGAUCAAGGUUCUCCUGGCACUGUGGGUCCCGCUGGGCCUAGGGGUCCUGCUGGUCCCUCUGGCCCUGCUGGCAAAGAUGGUCGCACUGGACAUCCUGGUGCAGUUGGGCCUGCUGGUGUCCGUGGAUCUCAGGGUAGCCAAGGCCCUAGUGGUCCUCCUGGUCCCCCUGGUCCUCCUGGACCACCUGGUAUAAGCGGUGGUGGUUAUGACUUUGGUUUUGAUGGAGACUUCUACAGGGCUGACCAGCCUCGCUCACCACCUUCUCUCAGACCCAAGGAUAUUGAAGUUGAUGCCACUCUGAAAUCUCUCAACAACCAGAUUGAGACCCUUCUUACUCCUGAAGGCUCUAAGAAGAACCCCGCUCGCACUUGCCGUGACUUGAGACUUAGCCAUCCAGAGUGGAGCAGCGGCUACUACUGGAUUGACCCCAACCAAGGAUGCACUAUGGAUGCUAUCAAAGUAUACUGUGAUUUCUCUACUGGUGAAACCUGCAUCCGGGCCCAACCAUCAAAUAUCCCAGCUAAGAACUGGUACAGGAACGCCAAGGCCCAGAAGCACGUCUGGUUAGGAGAAACUAUCAAUGGUGGUACCCAGAUUGAAUACAAUGAAGAAGGAGUGACCUCCAAAGAAAUGGCUACCCAACUUGCCUUCAUGCGUUUGUUGGCCAACCAUGCCUCUCAAAACAUCACCUACCACUGCAAGAACAGCAUUGCAUACAUGGAUGAGGAGACUGGCAACCUGAAAAAAGCCAUCAUUCUGCAAGGUUCCAAUGAUGUUGAACUUGUUGCCGAGGGCAACAGCAGGUUCACAUACACUGUUCUUGUGGAUGGCUGCUCCGUAAAAAGACAAAUGAAUGGGGAAAGACAAUCAUCGAAUACAAAACAAAUAAGCCAUCUCGUCUGCCCAUCCUUGAUAUUGCACUUUUCGACAUCGGUGGCGCUGACCAAGAAUUUGGUUUGGACUUUGGCCCAGUCUGUUUCAAAUAAAUGAACUCAAACUAAAUUAAACCAAAAAAGAAAUCUGGAAAAACUUUUUCUCUUUGCCAUUUCUUCUUUUUUUAACUGAAAGUUGAAUCCUUCCAUUCUUCUGCACAUCUACUUGCUUAAAUUGUGGGCAAAACGCGAAGCAGGAUUGAUCAGAGCAUUGUGCAAUAUGGUUUAAUAAACUCCCUCCUUUCUCCCUCUCCCCAAAAGAAUUGAAAAUUUUCAACACUCGUAACCUGUUUUGGAAAAUGUCAACCUUUGUAAGAAAACCAAAAUGAAAAUUAAAAACUCAAAUAAAAACCAUGAACAUUUGCACCACUUGUGGCUUUUGAAUAUCUUCCACAAAGGGAAAUUUUAAACCCAAACUUCCAAAGGUUUAAACUACCUCAAAACACUUUCCUAUGAGUGUGAUCCACAUCAUUAGGUGCUGACCUAGACAGAGAUGGACUGAGGUACUUGUUUGUUUUGUUCAUAAUGCAAAGGUGCUAAUAAAUAGUAUUUCAGAUACUUGAAGAAUGUUGAUGGUGCUAGAAGAAAUUGAGAAGAAACACUUCUCUGUAUUGAGUCUUAUUGUUGUUUUUAUUUUUCCCACUUGGUUUCACAUCAGUAUUUUCCAUCGUAUCUCCAAUUAAAAGCAUGUGGAUCAUUUGCCCAAUGUUGUCUUCUUCUUGAAAUUCAGCAUCUUUUUCUUUGCCAAUCUAAUUUUCAUCUUCUUCCAUGGUUCCAAACUAGCAAGAAAAAAAAAAAAUUGUACCUAUUUUGUAUAUGUGAGAUGUUUAAAUAAAUUGUGGAAAAAAAUGAAAUAAAGCAUGUCUGGUUUUCCAAAA